GAAACAAUAUAAAUAUGCAGAUUCGAACCUGUCUUUGCUUUUGUUGUCACCAGACGUCACUGUGAGAUAUCGAGGCACCGGGAGCCCUCUAACAAUUUCCUCAAGAAUUAGUUCAAAGAGUAGUGACAAUUUGUUAUUUACAGUUUUUGAGUUUACCAAAUCCAAAAAGCUACCGGAAAUAAUGGUUUUCUCUCUGUCGGAUUGUGAAAAAAUGUUUGGGGAAAACAGUUCCAUAAGCCGAAUCUUCAGCAUCAUGUACCCGUAUGAUAUAGACUGCUCCGAACAAACGUUUAGCCAGGAAUUGUUGGUGAAAGACGUAUGCAGUGUUUGUGAUGGAACUAACGAUACAUGUGCUGACAUCACAGAAUCAUAUAUAGAAGGGUUCCAUACCUUUUCUGAUUUUGGAAGGAUAAAUUACACCCUUGGUUCGAAGAACGUGACCAGUACAGAUAUCAUCGUCUCUACGAGCACCGUUUUAGAUAAUAUUCAUCAAAGGCGCCAAACUCAAUCUCUUCUGAGAUGUGACGGAGCUUUAAAUAGUUCUGCAUUCAUCAAUAGAUGUGGACACUGUGUUCAAGGCCAAACUAACAGAUCUAUAAACUACGGCAUAAAUGCCUGUGAAAAAUGUAGUUUUAAUGACUGUUUGAGAUGUGAUGGAAAACAACGCAGUGAAUGGCUAUUAGAUGCCUGUGAACAUUGCACGCCACCAGUUGAAGCUUGUCCAUCGUUUGGUGUUUGGUAUAACUUCAUCGAUAUCAGUGGGUCUAGUUCGUGCUUGAAAAUGAGUGUAUACAUUUCAGCUUUGUAUACUGAAAUAAAAUCUAUUUCUGGAUGUUGGCUGAUAUCUAAAGAAAACACACCGAUGAAUCCUCCAGUCAACGUAAAAGUGAUGCCAAAUAUCAAAUCUACGGAUAUUGCAUAUUUUUCCUUGAAUUGGAACUUUUCCCAGGAAACAACAGAGGGUAUAUAUGAUAUAUUCUGUCGUGCUGAGCUUCAACACAAUUCGACUGUGGACUUACGGAGCGAUAGUAGAACCGGUAUAAUUGUUUACAACUCCACCAAAUGGACCGUUACUCCUAAGAGUUCAACGGUUUUAUAUAUUGAUGGCAACAAAGAAGUUCUUCUAGAGGUCACAGAAGCUAAUAUGAAGUUUGAAACGAAGUGUGUAACUACAAUACCAAAUUUUAAACCAGCAGUUAAGAAACUGACAAACACCUUAUUUUCGUGUGAUCUUUCUUCACUGGUCAGUUGUUCAAAAUUUUAUAUAAGGUUGAUGUUUUCCAACACCGGUUAUGAUAUCUGCAAAACUAAUAGCGUACGUAUUCAAAUUGGAAGCCCAGCACAUAAAAUCCAGCGCACCUACAUGAACGAAUACAUUCGCAAGGUGGAGUUGGAGUUGAAUAUUCCCAUUUCAAAUAUCGCGUACAACUGUAAGAAGAUUUUCUCUCCCUCUACUAUUGAAGCGUAUGAUCUAAACGAAAAAGAAUGUACUAUUGAAGAAAACAAAAUUCAUAUCUAUCUUUCUACUCGUGUGGAGUUACCACAGAUGCUCAACUUCACUUUUUCGGAAGUAAAUUAUAUCUUUCAUAAAUAUUGUCCAACGUUCGUAGGUGAUGGGAUAAGAGGCUCUUUUACAGUUCUUCGAACACCGGUAUUUCCGAAGUUUGAAGUAUUUGGUCCAGACAGUUUUUGCUGCAAUACUGUGAAUCUUCGGAUUGGCAAUAUCGUUGGAGAUGGAGGUGCAGGACUUCAGUUUACUUGGAAUGUAAUUAAUGGUACGUCGAUGGUUAAAGAAAUAGAAAUUAGCAGAAAAAACGAUGUUCAUAUUACCGUGGAUUGGUUCCAACCACAUGAAAGUUACACCUUUAUCAUUCGCGGAGUUUCUCAACUUGGACUGGAGUAUGUGAGGAAGAAAACCAUUGUGUAUAAAAAGGGCGAGAAGCUUACCGCUACAAUGUCUGGGCCAGAAAAACUGGAUAGUUUGAAGGAUAACACUUUCACAGUUCAUGUUGACAUGGAUGAGCAGUUGUCACUAAAUGAACAUAUGUUAGGCUUCAUUUGGAGUCUGAGACCAACAGACCAUAUGUUACCGACUGAAUGGGGCCCAACUCUGACCAUACCUGGCCAUUUGGUGAGGGAAAAUAUAACAUAUCAUCUGCAGGUGAUAGUUUUCGACAAAAAUGAUCCAACCAUCUGGACAAAAGUUACCAAAGAUCUGCAAACUUCAGAAGUUCCGGUUAUGGCGAUUAUACAAGUAGAGAACAUGAUUGUUUCUUUAAAUAAAUCUUUCUGUUUGUACGGGUCAUUAUCACGUUACCCUAGCAGCCGUCAGGGGUCUCUGAGCUACGAGUGGAGCUGCAGUUUAAGUGGAGACAUAGGAUGUUACACAAGUGGUUGGAAUGUUUCUAGACUAGAAGACGUUAUCAGAGAUCAAGUUUAUUCAUCAUCUCUUUGUAUUCCAGGUGGAUUACUUCCUCCAGCAACGUACAACUUUUCCCUGGUGGUAUUCAAGGGACGUAGGAGGUACUUGAGGUCAGCUUUUAUCCAGAUUACAAACAUGGAAAAUUAUUCUAGUAUUUUGGUAUCUGUGGUCAGAUAUGAAAGUGAUCCAGAUAAGCCAUUCUACUUGCAAAUUUCAAACGCAUCAUAUAUUAAGAGUGGAAAAUACAUUAAUUUUUCAAAUCUCACCAUCCUAUGGAAGAGCGUUAUUCACCACAUUUUCUCUGGAUGCUACCACUGGUUGGGCUACAGAGUCAAAUCUCUAUCCUUUAAGCUACCAUUUUUUCUAUAGUUACUCACAAACACCAGAUAUUACUUGGCCAUUAGGGACCAUUCAACAUGACCUACCUGUUCUCAGGGGAGUAAGACUACCAUGUGGACAUAGCAUCACUCAAUCCUUUUUGAUCACAGUAGAAGUGUGUGAUCGAAUGUCUUUUUGCACCCAUACUACGACUGAAGUUGUGGUGGAAUGU